AUGCCGAUGAUUAGAUACGAGAUAAGAAAUGAGCAUAAUUUGGCUGAUCCGGAGGUGUACAGAGCUGCUGAUAAGGAUGAUCCAGAGGCUUUGCUGGAAGGCGUCGCCAUGGUUGGCCUCGUCGGGGUCCUUCGCCAGCUCGGCGACCUCGCUGAGUUUGCUGCUGCGAUUUUUCAUGAUUUGCAUGAAGAAGUAAUGGCAACUGCUUCCAGAGGACACAUCUUAAUGAUCCGUGUCGAGCAGCUUGAGGCCGAGAUUCCUUCGAUCGAGAAGUUAUUUUUCUUCCAGACAGAUCAUUCUUCAUUACUUUACAAUGGGGGUGUUGAUUUGCAUCCUAAUUUACAAAUGGAUCAGAAUCUAAUCACGCAGGGAGAUUUACCUCGAUUUAUUAUGGACUCCUAUGAGGAAUGCAGGGGUCCCCCUCGCUUAUUCCUUCUAGACAAGUUUGAUGUUGCGGGUUCUGGGGCAUGUUUAAAACGCUACACAGAUCCUUCAUUCUUUGGAGUAGAAACUUCAUCAGGAAUGACAAAGGCAUAUGUUCAGAGGGAAAAGAGGACACACAAAGCUAACAGGAAAGAGCUAAACGGGAGGAAUGGAGAAACCUCUGAAGUUGUACCAACAUCACAUGCCAAACUCCAUCAAUUGUUUCUCAAAGAGUCUGUUACAAAUAGCAUUAGCAAUCCUGCACGCCAUGUGAAACUGAAAAGGAGGCUGAAUGGAGUUCCAUUUGAUUCAAAAAAUGGAAAGCACUACAUGGAGAAAUUAUUGAGGAAUCCUUCCCCAGAGCAUAAUGUGGUUCAUGAAGUCUCCGUGAGGUCAUCUCUCUUGAAAUUGCCAACACACGAUCAUAAUGAAUCUGGGGUUGAAGUGCUUGAAGUUGUUCCCUUGAGUCCUAACAUGGGGAGAAAAAGUAGUCCGUCAUCUCCGAACACAGAGAAAAUUUUGCUGAAACCAUCCGUAUAUGAGUCAAUUGAAGUUUCCACAGAUGAUAGUCUCAUUCAGGUGUCCAAAUCAAUUACUAGUUUUGAAGCAGUUGACAUCUCAUGUGCUUUUGACCUCGUGACAAGUGAAGAGGAUAUAACAGUUGAUGGAGAAAGCAAAGAAGAAGGCAGCUUAAAUGGUUACCACUCGGAUGAUGUUUCCACUGAAAUAGACUAUUAUGUGGAUGCACCUUCGACCAUCGAGUCAGAUGUGUAUACAGACUCUGAAUGGAGAGGCAAGAGUGACUUCACCUCCUCUAAUACGAAGAAACAGCUGUAUAUUUCCAAUACAGAUGAUGAGUAUCUUCAAACUCAUUCUUCAGAUUCUCAAUCAAUUGGACACUCCAGUAUAUUAGAUGAGGGGAACAACUCAUACAAAAAAGAAACAUCUAAUUUUUCCUCUGAUUCUCCAAGAACUUCUACUGAAAACACACUGUUAGAAGAUCUUGAUUCUGUUGAAGUUUUUUCACCAGCUGAUAUCACUGAAAUUGUGUUUAAUGGUAUGCCGUCUUACCAGAAACCUGCAAAUGAAAAUAUUUCAGUGCCUGAACAUUCAAAACCAGCUGUUUCUGAUGAAGCUGAAAUCACCAGUCACAGGCCUGACUUUGGGGAGCUAAGUUCUUGUUCAUGUCCUAUCAUUCCAUCUCCCACAGAUUGUGAUGCAGAAGCAUUUGCGGGAGAAGGUAGGUUUAUGGGACCUAAUUCAGAUGAGAUUCCCUCUAAUGAAAGUGCUAAUAAAUCUAUAGAUACCGAAGAAAAUUGGACAAAGCUGGUCAACAAUCUGCCCUUUUCUCCCAGUGUCUAUGAUGUUACUUUGUCAACGCGAGAUUAUUUCUCUAGUUCAUCUGCUGGAAAUCAUCUAGUGGAUGAGUCAAAUGUUGGGAAUCUAGUUAUGGGCGAGAGUGUAUCGUGUAUAUAUACAGUCUCUGAUGUUCCAAGUCAUACAAGAGAUAACUCCGUUGAAAUGUCUGAAUUCCUGCUCAAGGAUGCUUCAGAUAAGGAUAUUGAGAAUCUAUCCAUAGACAUAGAUUCCACGUUUAAUAUCAGCAAUAUUAUUUCUCAUAGCAAAGUAAAUAAUCCACAAAUGAUGUUUUCCGACAUUCCAGUUCCAAAUGAACUAGAUUUUGAGGUUCCAAAGUUGCCUGAGAACUGUAUGUCUGAUCAUCUUGAUAGUCCUCAAAAGGAAGACAGUUCAAUACCUAUUUUGUUUGAACAAAAACAGCUAUAUUAUGAGUUGAAUAAUGAGGAUCAAAAUUUGGUUUAUGAUGCUUCCAAUCAUUUUUCAUGCAUCGUGGAUCCAACUCCUGGGAAAGAAAUUGAGGAAACACCAUUGGGCAGUAUGUUGCAAACUGUUGGUGCAGAUCAUUACUCCAAAAACUCAGUUGACCAUCAGGUUAACUCCCCAAAUAUGAUUUCAUCAAAUAUAAAAGAACACUUUCUUGAUCACCCCCGGGCAGGUCUUCACUCUCAUAAUACAGAUGAUGACGCUAUUUUUACCAAAGAGAUGGCACUAAGUGGAACUUCUAUAGUUGGAUGCCCCAAGUCAUCUGACAUUGGGAGGUCUCAGGGCACAGGAAUAUUAGACGUUUAUUCCUCUAUUGAUUCAGCAGAAGUGGAAAGUUCAUGUUGUAUUCAGGAUAAUAUUGAAAAGCCCACAAUAAGAUCAGAUAGUGUAGAAAUGGAUGGAAUCACCUGCUGCAUGGACUCAACUGGAAACAAAGAAACUGAUAUUAUAUCGCCAAAUGAUGUUCAUGUACGGUUUGUUGAGAUAGAUCCUGAGACAAAUCAAUAUGAUGCUGUGGAUGUGGCUACAGUUGUUACUGGCUCUGCUGUUAAUGCUGAUGAAAAUGAUGUCUUAUCUGUGGGUCACAUGUUGAAAGAAGGAUGUAUUCCUUUCUAUGGGGAUUUGAGUCAUGAUGACUUCAGAACUGAUGAAAAUUGGCACCCAUACAGUCACGGGGAAUCAAUUUUAGUAGAAGAAGAAGAAGUGGAUCAACUAGAAGUUGCUACAUCACAUUUGGACUCAGUAGAUACUGUUCCUAAUUCCUGUAUGCCAUUAGAAGUUGAAAACAGUUUGAAUCUUGUUAAUACUACCAUAAUUAAGUUAUCUCUGGAGAAAAGAGGCUUGUACACAGAACAGGAAUCUGAGCAGAAAAGUAGUCUUCCAAGUCGUACUGAAGAUGCUUCCUAUUUGCCUAUCAAUCCCCAAACAGAAGAAACAAUUUUACAAGAAACAAUCGGGUUAUUACCUAACACACUAGAUCCGGAGUUCCCAGAGGCUGGUGAAACAGAUUUAGAAUUGUUACCUACUUCGAAAAGUAUGCAAAAGUUUGAUCACAAUGAUCAUCAAGGAUGCAACAAUUCUACUUACACGUUUUCAGAUCUCCCCCGACAAGGCAACUAUGAGAAUGAUUUCUUUGGACAUCCCAAGAAUCUAUCAAGUUCCAUAUUUCCUCUGAUUAACCUUCAUUCAGAGACAAUUCAGAUAAAUCUAGAAGAAUCGCCUCCAUUGCCACCCCUCCCUCCACUUCAAUGGAGGAUCGGGAAGCUUAUAAAUACUUAUCGUGCUACAGAGAAAGAGACAGAGCAACAUAAUGUUAGUUCCUUGUCUUCUGUAUUGCCAAUGGGAGCUGACGAGAAGGCUCAAUCGUUCAUACCAAAUUUACCACUCUCUGCUGUAAUUAAAAAGGAUUCACCUUCUGUUGAUGAUGAAAUGACACAGGACUGUUUCCUUGCUGGAGAGGGAAAAAUAAUGCUGCCUGCUUUGAAAUCUAGCUCAAGUGGAAUUUCUUUAGAUUCACCUUCUGCUGAUGAUGUUGGUUCUUCCUUUGAAGAACUGAACCAAUCUCCGCAUCAAGUUGCUGCAGAAAUCACAUCAAAAGAAGACAAGGCCGAGUACAACUCUUCUAGCUUGCAGUCCAACAUCAUGAAGCAUGAGACAGUUGAACUUCUGCCAAUGAAAGAUAAUGGCAUUGAAAAUGGGAGUCGAACAACAAAACUACCCCGACCUCGAAACCCUCUAAUUGAUGCCGUUGUGGCUCAUGAUAAGAGCAAAUUGAGGAAAGUGACAGAACGAGUUAGGCCUCAAAUGCAAUCGGUAGAUGAAAAAGGUUCAUUCUUGGAACAAAUAAGGACCAAGUCCUUUAACCUGAAACCUGCAGUCAUGGCAAAACCUAGCAUUCAGGGUCCUAACACCAAUCUUAAAGUUGCUGCUCUUUUGGAAAAAGCAAAAACAAUCCGCCAGGCCCUUGCUGGUAGCGAUGAAGAUGACGAGGAUAGUUGGAGUGAUUCAUGA